AUGUCCGCCGGCGUGCCGCAGCAGCCGCACCCAGCGCCGCCGCCGCCGUCGCGGGUUGGCGGCGGGCACCUCUCCGCUCCGCCGCCGCCGCGCUCGCACCACCGCACACCCUCGCCCGCCUCCGCCGCCGCUUCUGCACGCCGCAGCGGGCCGCCUCCUGGCAGUGCCGCGGCCUCGUCCUCCUCCGCACCACCACCACCGCAGCAACGCCGCCAGCAGCAGCGCUCGCACGGCCACGCCAGCACCCACUCCAGCCGCGGCGACUCGCCCACGCUCGGCAGCUCCGACACGCGCCUGCCGCCGCUGCCGCAGCAGCGCCCGCAGCUCUCGCCGCGCCAGUACUCCAACUCCACCGCCCGCUCAUCGUCAUGGCGCGCUCGCAGUCAGGCCUCGCGCUCGGCGCCCACCUCGGCGCUGCCGCCGCUGCCCACCACUGCGCCCAUCACUGAUGCAGGCGCUCGCCGCUCGCCGUCCGACUCGCCCGACCUGCAGUUCAGCGCGUCGCCCGAGUCGACGCUCUCGCCCAACAACUUCCUCGACCUCUUUCCCAGCCCCGAUGUGCACGCUCGCGACACGUCACCUCGCACGUCGGCUGCGCUCGUCGCAGCCGCUCUGGCACUGCGCAAGGCGCAAGAGACACCGUCGCGUCCGGGCGCGCCUUCGCAAGACCGCCCGAUGCUGUGCUCCGAGGCAGCACCCAUGCCGCCGCCGCUUGGUCGUCCGCUCGACCUCACGACUGGACAGCGUAAGCGUCUGCCUAUCGUGCCUCUACCUGCCGUCACGGUGCCUGCGCACGUGGCCUCUACAGCGGACGGCGAGCGGAGCAGCUCGCCACUCGAGUACCGCACGGCACCACUCAGCGGACCAAGCAGUGCACCUUCUCUGCACGAUCAUGUCGCAGCGGGCCUCUCGUACACUCUAGCAGCAGCGCAGCUCAUCACGCCCGAGCCAACUCGCGUCGACGCGAUGCUGAGCCAAGAGGCGAUCAACGUCCUCAACUCGACGCCGAUGCCGGUGCUCCUCGCGCGUGCUCUUGCAAAGAUCAACGACCUUGAGCUCGCGCUCGAGUACUACCGCGACACGGCCGUCCGCGCCUCUGCCGAUGCCGUCUUCUGGGAAAGCCAGUACCAGCGUCUCGUGCGCGACUUUCUCAAGCUCGAAGCCGAGAGUCGCGCCUCCGUACCGCGCCAGACGCCCAACUGGCACUCGCACGACGCGCCGGCGCAGGAGAACUGGCAGCCUCGUCGAUCAUCGGCGACGGCGCAUGCGCAGCCUUCUAGGCGUGAGAGCAGGUGGGGCACGGCUGCAGAGACAAGCCAGCACAGAGCGGCGCGCACCGACAGCCAUCCGCGAGACUGGCGCAACGGCGAGGCGCCUCUCUCCGAAGGGCCGUCCGACGUCGCGACCGGACUGCACGCCCAGCCUCUUGCGCCUCUGCAUCGCCGUGGUGCAUGGAGACGCGGCUCAGCCGAGACGGCUCGCCAGCACCAGCGCUCGUCGAGCGAGUCCUACGAGGCCAUCGGUCCGUCAGCUGUGCCCGCUGCCGUGCGAAUGGCGCAUCUCGCAGCACGUCGACCAUCCUCAUCCUCCACACCUCGUCGUCGCAGCGAGACGACUCCUCUGGCGCAAGAGAUUGUGUCUCAGCCUCGCGAGGUGCCCACGCGUCGCCGCUCGCCGGCGCUCGAGUGGAUGCGCAGCAGCAGCGUGAGCGAGUGCGGCGAGUCUGCGCCGCCCGAGGAGCAAGGGCUUCCAGCAUCGUCCGACGACCAGAUCUACCACGAGAUGCACUCGGACGCCGACAUGCCGCUCAGCGCACCUGCGACGGAGGCGUGGCGCGCCAUCGCACCUGCUCCUCGCGGACCCAGCGACGUGCCCGUCGAUGAGACGUCGGACCACCUCAGCUCGCCUGGCGCACAGCGCGGCUCGGGAGACUGCAUCACCAGCAUCGAUGGUCUCGAACGCCUCGCCGUCUCCGGCUCCGUUAUGACCGCCAACCUCGGCGCUCGCCAUGUCUCGCCCGAAGCGCGUACGCGUGCCUCGCACGCACCUACGACGGGCGGUCCGCAGUAUCUGCUCCAAUCACGGCGUCCAUUCUCUUUCACGCCCAACGCCAGUCCCACACAAGCCUUGCGCUCGCUCGGCUCGCCCUUCGUGCACUACGACUCGCCCGUGUCGGCCGGCACGCACGGGCCACUGACGCCGCUGGACGGUGUCAGUCCCUUCAUUUCGCCGCGCACCUCCGUCGACACGUCGCCUUCGCUGCCCGCCGAUCCGUUCGCCUGGCGUCCCCUCUCCGGGCUCGCACUUUCCUUCGGCGAAGCGCACGACGUGCAUGCUCAGCCACUGCAGUCGUACUGGUCCGAGUCGACGUGCCCUUCGACCGAGGAGAGCGAAGACGGCGCACUCGAGGCCUGGCGUCGCGGCUGCCUAGCCGAGCCAGGAAGCGCCAGCUCCUCGCUGCGCAACCCUUCCUCGUCAUCUGCUGCCUCGUUCGACUCGGCGGCGCCGUUCGACUACGCCCGCGAUGCGCCAGGCACGCUGCAGCACAAUCCGAGAGCGUCAAAGGGCGGCACCGACGCACUCUUCUUUGGCUCGUCGCCCAGCCCGAAACAGCGCCCGGCCUCGCUGCCGCACCAGAUGCAGCAGGAGCCAGUGCACGAGUCCUGA